GGCGCCGCGUGAUUGGGAAGCAGCCAAACGAACACCAAGAAGGCAGCCACAGACGAUUCCACCGCCGCAAAGGCCAAACCUUUUUAGUUUUUGGUGCGAAGGCCGCCUUCUUCCAGCGCCAUUUUCUCCUCUAUUUGACGAACAAAGAGGAAGGGAAAAAGAAAAGAAUAUCAAACCAUAUAAAAUAAAAACCCCACCAUUUCCCCCUCCGAAUUGUUCUCUCUCCAAGCAAUUCCAAGAAAUGCAGUGCGAAACCUGAAGAGCCCACCAACCCCCACUUCCCUUUUCUUAUUGUUUCUUCGCGCUGCUGCCCAGCAAGAUUCACGCCGUCGGAACGGCGCCUAAUCGAUUAGUUUCCUGACUUCUUGGAGUUGGUGCAUUCUUGAAUUCUGUAUUGUGCUCUGCUUUGCUUCGCCGACCUUGUUUGUUCGAUCCAGGUAAGGGAGGCCAUGAAUGCGAAUGGUUCUCGAUUUCAGUCCUUUGGUCAGACCGAGAUUAACUGGGACAAGCUUGAUAAAGCAAAAUUUUAUGGCGUAGGAGCAGGUCUCUUUACUGGGGUUACAGUUGCACUGUACCCUGUUUCUGUUGUAAAAACGAGGAUGCAGGUUGCUGUUAAGGACUCUGCCGAGAAAAAUGCAUUUUCUGUUGUCAAAGGCUUACUGAAGAAUGAUGGGAUUCCUGGUCUUUACAGAGGGUUUGGUACAGUAAUCACUGGUGCAAUUCCUGCAAGGAUCAUCUUUCUUACCGCUUUGGAGACAACCAAAGUGGGAGCCUUUAAAAUGGUUGAGCCACUUAAAUUCUCUGAACCCGUUCAGGCCGCAAUAGCAAAUGGAUUAGCUGGCAUGACGGCAUCACUUUUUUCUCAAGCUGUUUUUGUUCCAAUUGACGUGAUUAGUCAAAAGCUAAUGGUUCAAGGAUACUCAGGCCACACAAGAUAUAAUGGGGGUUUAGAUGUUGCUCGUAAACUAAUAAAAUCUGAUGGAAUCCGGGGAUUGUAUAAAGGUUUUGGGUUAUCUGUUAUGACCUACUCUCCAUCUAGUGCUGUAUGGUGGGCAAGUUAUGGUGCAAGUCAACGCAUCAUCUGGAGGUUCGUAGGCCAAAACUCUGCUCCCGAGGAAUUUGCUCCUAGCCAUGCCAAAAUUAUUUCAGUUCAAGCUGCGGGUGGAAUAAUUGCAGGUGCAACAGCUUCCUGCAUUACAACACCAUUGGACACUAUAAAGACUCGCUUACAGGUGAUGGGACAUGAGAAAGGGAAGACAGCAAGACAAAUUGUUGAAAGCUUAAUCGCUGAGGAAGGAUGGAAAGGUUUCUAUAGGGGGCUGGGUCCUCGGUUUUUCAGCAUGUCGGCCUGGGGAACCUCAAUGAUAUUGACUUACGAGUACCUGAAGCGCUUGUGUGCAAAAGAUGAACAGACGUGAUUGAUCGGCGCAAAGGUUUUAGAGCCAAAGAUUUUCUGGUUUCAAUACUUUUUCCCCCCUCACAACAAGGCCAGGUUCAGCAUAGAGUUCUAUCCAUACUCUUCAAUUGCAGAUAGGAAUGCUGUUGAAGCACCUGUUGUAUUGACUACAGAAACGCAGUUUCAUUCAUCCUAAAACCACAUUGAUUUUUUUGGAGAUCCGGAUAGCUCCUGAAUUUUUGGACAUUUGUUUUGUAUUUCCUCAGUCGCAAUAAACUCAGGUCAAAUUAGUGAAUGUAAGUGUAGUGUUCUCUCUUUGUAGUAUUGUAGUUCCAUUUAUCAAAUACUAUUCUUUGAUGUGGCUUCUUCAUGGGAUCAUUUCAUGACAUGUUAUCAAAGGCUUUUGAGCA